CUCUUUUUGGAACUUGUGAAUGUUUAAUAGAAAAUAUCUAAGUCAAGAGCUGUUGUGUGAACUACGUACGAGUUUGCGUCGAGUAUUCCUUAGAAUUCACCCUGACAAGUUUUGGGAAUUUCCUACCGAAGCCUCAGUCAACAAAUUUGCGUUUCAACAGCUUAACCACUUGGUUGAGGAGCUUGAAACAAUUCCAAGCCGUGCAGGAGUCACAUCGCAAUUUACUUGUUAUUUAAGAGAAGCUAGUGACAUAUCCACGGUGCAAGGAGCUCAAGUUGAAUUGUUUCACAGCACGCUUUACAGGCUAACCAUCCGAACUACAGAAGACUGCAGAGUUCCCCCCAACGCUCUUCUUCUUCUUAGAGUGUUCGAAGUAUUCAAUUUGAAGAUACCUCAAGUUUUUGCUGAGCUUGUAAAAGAAUUGGAAAGCAAGAGUGCGAACGCUCGAGUUUGGAAGACGUUGGACGACUUUGUUGAGAAUCACGGUAGUCUUGUAGGUGCACACAUAUUACAAUCCACAUUCUUUAGUAAUAUGGAAAGUAGGCGAGAUUUACCGAACGCAAGUUCUAAGAUAUUUGACUUGUGUCGCCAGCUGGAGUCCAAAAUGCGGAUCUUCGUUAGAGUGCAACGUCCCACAGAAGAACUGUUCUAUGACGAACUGCUACGCCUAAAGACAUUGUUAACUACUGAUGAAUAUAUUUUUCGAAAAGUUAAGGGCUGUCGCAUAUUUUUGACAGUCUCUGACUGUUGUUUUGUGAAUUCUGAAACGGGAGUAGUUAUUCUUGGUACAGCUGCCUUGAACAAAGAAUGGGAGACAACUUUGUGGUCUAGUGAAAAUGUAUCUUGUUGCGAGGAAUUUUCGCAGUUAGAUAGCAACAUCAGGAAGCAGGAAAGAAUCGUGGAGAGAAUAUUGAAGCUCCGUAAAAUAACUUGUACCAGGGAAAUAUUGUGGAAUAGAUUUUUCCUCGCAAAAUAUCUUAGUUUUCUUUCUCAAUUAGCUGAUUGCUCUAUUUCUCAAGAGGAUAGUGUAGUUCCUUUCGCGAAGUUGUUCGAAACGGUUGGAUUUUUUAAGCUGGAAAUAACUCUGACUAAAGAUCCUGAGACUAAUCAUAAUACGAGUAAUGUGCUGGAGAACAAAAUUUGUUUGAUGCUAUCAGAUAAUUGUUUCUACAAAGGCAUUCUUAAUGGAGAACAGCAAAGUCAGCAGCUUUCUGUUAGAUGCGGCUGAACAACGCCAGAUUUUGCAGUAUA